CGGGACUGGGCACUCAGUAUCAUUAUCAUGGCGUCAGUAGCUGCCCGGCUCGACUCGAAAACAGAACGGAUACGGAUACCCAUUCAUAGAGCAUUCACAUUCACAAUGCAGAGCCAGGCGAAUUUGAACUGGGGCAUUGCGGCGGCGGGCAGGAUAACGCAGGAUUUUGUCACCGCCCUGGGAACGGUGGAGAAAUCCCGCCAUGUGGUGGUGGCCGUGGCCGAUGUGGAUGGUCAGAGAGCUCAGGAAUUCGCCCAGAGAAAUCAGAUUCCCAAACAUUACGAUGGAUUCGAUGCCUUGGCCUUGGAUCGCGAGGUGGAUGUGGUUUAUGUGGGCACGCUGAAUCCCUUUCACUACGCUGUCGUCCAUCUGAUGUUGGCCAGGGGUAAAAAUGUCCUGUGUGAGACUCCAAUAUGCUUAAGUUUGGAGCAGGCCAAGGAGCUGUAUGCUUUGGCAGAACAGCGGGGUGUAUUUCUUAUGGAGGGCAUGUGGUCACGUUGUUUUCCCAGCUACGAUCGUUUGAGGGAGCUCCUGAAUAACGAUGCCAUUGGUGAGGUGACCCAGGUGAAGAUCCAGCACGGUUUCCGCUUGGCUCACAUGGAACGGGUGUUCAAUCGCUCGCUGGGUGGCUCCGUGCUCAUGGACCUCGGCAUCUACGCUUUGCAGCUGGGACAGUUCAUUUUCGGCGUUUCGCCCGUCAAAAUCUUGCCCAGCGGAACGCAACUCAACAAGGAUCGCGUGGACGUACAGGGUGAGUUUAUGCUGGACUAUGGAGAUGGGCGAAGAUUAGUGGCUUUGGUGACGGGGCUGGAGAAUCUAGAAAACGAUGCCGUCAUCACGGGCACCAAAGGCGAGAUUAAGCUGUCCAACUACUGGUGCUGCACCCACUUGAGCCGAUCCAAUGGUCCGCCUGAAUCCUGGCCUUUGCCACAGGCCAAGUUUGAUUUCCAUUACACAAACACCUGCGGACUGCGGUACGAAGCGGAGGAAGUGCGUCGCUGCAUAGAGAAACGUCUGCUGGAGAGCCCGAAAUUCACGCAUGCCGAGAGUCUGGAACUAGUGGCCAUUACCGAUGAGCUGCGACGACAGAUCGGGGUCACCUUUGAUAUGUGA